AAGAGGAUUUCUACAAUCGUAGUUUAAUCGUGGCUCACACGUCCAGGUGAAUAUCUGGCGUAUUUACAGUGUCUGCUGUUUCGUGAGUUACUGAGUAUCCUCGAGUAACGAUAAACAUAAGUAAAUAUAAAAGUCAACGUUCAUCGUUUUAUAAUGAAAGCUAUGCAUCAAAUACUGAUCUGUCUGUUCCUUGUCAUGACAAUCGUCUACUCGCUUGCUCGACCCGACGACUCGGCCCCGAACGUGCUUUCCAAAGAUCUUGCCUCUACAGACAAAUACCCAGCCAAACUUGACAAUAUUAAUGUAGAUGAUAUUCUGGGCAGUGAUCGCUUGUUGGCUAAUUAUCACAAGUGUUUGAUAGGCGAUGGAAGAUGCACUGCUGAAGGAAAUGAAAUCAGAAAGAUCUUACCCGAAGCUCUGGCCACCGAUUGCCAGAAAUGUACUGAAAAGCAGGCAGAAAAUAUUAAGAAGGUGGUCUUCUUCUUGAUCGCGAAAAAGCCAGAGUUGUGGGACCAACUCAUGGACAAGUACGACCCUGAAAAGAAAUACAGAAGUAAAUACGAGGAGCAAGUGAAGAAGCUGGGUGUAGCAGCUAAUUAAACAUAAUUAUUCGAACAUAGGAGAUUCGAUCUUAUAAUUGUUUAGGAACAAAUGCUAUUCCAGAAAUUAUUCACGCCCCUAAUAAACACGUAAACAACGUAACGAUCGAAUGACAAUAGACAAUAUUUAUUUCUAUAUGCAAUGCAAGCGAAAACAAAAAAAAAAAAAAAGAAAGUAAUCUCGAGACGACGAACAUGUAAUUUUAUAAUGCGAGAGAAAUAAAAAUUGAUUUGAACAAA